AUGUAUUAUCAUAAUCCAGACCCAUAUUAACAGCCAUACACUCAUGGAUAGUAUAAUGAAAAAACAUACAGAAACAGUGGAUUUUUGACAGAAACUCAAGAUGAUUACCAAGACUACUAAUAUUAUGAUCCUUACCAAAGUCAACUACAUAAUCGGACAUAUUUGAAUGAUGUACGACCUCUAAAUUAUAGUAUUAUUGUUAAUUAAACAAUAGCAUAUUACGAAUAGCCUCCCUAUCCAGUCAAAAUGGGAUAACCAUAAUAAUAUUUUGAUCCUAACGAUCCCAACAAUAUUCCAUUCAUGCCUCAUGAAAGUAAGUAUUGACUCUAAUAUUCAAGGGUAUGAUGAUGGAUAUGAGGAAUAUGUACUAUAGUUCAUAAGAAAUUUGCCAAGAUCUACUUAAAAUUUUGAGGAAGUAGCCUUUGCAAAAUAUUUGGCUGAAUGCUCUAUUAUUGAUAAGAAAGUGUGGAAAUUGCAGAGGAUGUUGAAAUAAGAUUAGAGAUUCAAUGUCAAAUUGCUUUUUGAUUUCUUUGAUUCUAAAAAGAAUGGGACAAUAGACUAUAAUGAGUUUCAGUUAGGGUUGUAAAAAUUGGACAUCAUUCUCAAUUCUAUUGAAUUGAGUUAAAUGUUCCUACGUUAUGGAGGAAGUGAUGACAAUCAAAUCUCUUCAGUUGAAUUCAAGUAUAUGCUCUUAGGUCCAGAUGAUUCACAACAAUUUAUGCAAUUUGGAGCCAUGCAUUACAUGCAUCAUCCAUUAAAAUAGAAUAUUCCUUAGUUUCUUUCAGUAGCUCAAAGAGAAUGGAUUUCUGAAAUCAUGCAUCUACAAUUGCAAUUAGAGCGAAAUCUCAAUUUCAUAAAAGAAGUUAUUGGAACCAAAGAUAUCCUACUAGCCCUUUUCAAAUAAUUAGAUAUUGGAAUGAAGGGAUAUAUUACUAUUCAAGACUUAGUUAUUUACAUGAAUGAAUUAGGAGGUCAAUUUGAACAGUACGAUUUAAAAGGGUGUUUAGAUAGAAUGUCAAAGUACAAAUAGAUAUAAUUUUAGAGUUCAUUGCAGUCGAAUAAAUUUCAAUGAAUUUAAAAAAGAAUUCUUUUUAGAUGAAAAGAAGAAAUCUGAUUAAGAUUAAAAUAUCGAUAUUAUGAGUGACAGAAAGAAAACAAGAUAAAAAGAUUACAUUCAGGAAUUGCAUUAGAGAACAAAAGACUUGUAAAAUCAAUAGUAAUAAGCUCAAAAACUCUCUACUGAUCGUAAAACUUAACCAUUAUUGACUACUACUGCUUAAGUUAAAUAACCUCAACCUUAUGUAAUACAGCCACCUGUUGCAUAAAAAAGAAAAUAGGAGUAGUCAGUUAAUCAAUUGGAUGAUGACUUAGAUGAUUUGUUGUUUCCUGGUUUCUAGAAAUAUGAAUUGCAACCACCAGAUUCAGAAUAUUGAUGAUAUGUAACACUACC